AUGAAUCAGCUUGGUGUUCCAGAGAAUGUUGCUAUGGUGCUGGUCAAUUGCUUCCUUCAGUCCAAAGGCAUUGGGUUUACUCAAAACCACGGCAACGAGACUGGCUUGGGGGAUGAGAAAGCCUUAGAUACAAGUCAGCUCGCGCAGGAAGAACGUGAGCUUCUGACAAUACUACAGACUUUCGAUAAGGAGAGCUCUCAGAUAUAUCAAUCGACUAUUGAGACUGGCGUUCGACAGAAGAUGGCCAGGGAAACACUCGCCAGGACUAUUCUUGAGACUUGGGAAGCCGGUGGCGGAAGCCUAUCGUCUCUACAACACGCUCAUCUCCAAGAGCUCCAAAACGUUUCUGUCAAGCUUUCCGAAGACCUGCACACUUGCAAAACGGAUUUGGCAGCCUCAAAAAAGCGCUCGCAGAAGUUGACAAUGGAAGGAAAGGCCAUUUCUCGCAGCAACGAUCUCAGUGCGGCGGUUUCUGUUCAUCCUCUGGUCGAUCCGAAUGCCAAAGGCCCCAAGCUGAUUAGCCAAGACCAGGAAGAAGAGGACCAGCCUGAUGAUGGUGAGUGA